CGUUCCGGUUCCGGGUGAGAGUGACGCCAUGACGAGCCGCGGGUCGGCCAGCCGGUUCCUGUCCGCUGUCCUGCACAACGGGGUGGGACGCUACGUGCGGCAGCUCCAGCGCCUCCAGCUUCUCUUCAGCCCCACCUCGGCCGACGCCCGCGGCGCCAGGCAGUUUGUGGAGGAGGCAGCACUGGAAUUUGCCCAGAAACACCCCGAUGUCGUCCUUUAUGUCAGCCCCCACUCUGAACGGGCCCCGGUGCUGGUGGCUGAGUACUUGAAUGGAACAGUGCGGGAGGAGCUGAUCGCCAGCAAGACGUGUGAGGAGAUCCUGCAGCUCGCCACCAAGCUGGCCCGACAGUCCGGCCUGGACAUUAUACGCAUCCGCAAGCCCUUCCACACUGACAACCCCAGCAUCCAGGGCCAGUGGCAUCCCCUCACCAACAAACCCUCUGCCCUCACCGUCCUGGGCCCACGACUGCAGCCCAAAUAAAGCCUCCACCCCCCCAA